AGCUAAUAGUUUCUAACCUUUCUCAUGCUUAACCCUAACAUUGAAAUAGGCCUUUCGAGCUUUUUCUCCAAGAAUUUCUUCCCCAAAAUUCUCCAUUGGGAAGAAGCUCAGAUUUUAGGGUUUUAUAUUCAAUCCAUUCUUACAUCGCAUAUUAUCCAUAAUCACUGCGCAAAGGUUUUCAAUCGGUAAAAUCUUGAGCAUGGCAACUGCAGAGCCUGCAUCGGUUUCUACUGGUCCGCGAUAUGCACCCGAUGAUCCUACACUUCCGAAACCUUGGAAGGGUUUGAUAGAUGGAAGUACAGGUUUACUUUACUACUGGAACCCUGAAACUAAUGUAACUCAAUAUGAGAAACCUGCUAGCGCAGCUCCACCAUUGCCAGCUGGGCCACCACCGACGGCAGCUCCUACGCCUAAGUUGGCUCCAAUUCCGGUGGCUCAUUCGGUUUCGCAGCAGAAUAAUGGCUUAUCUCAGUAUGGGCAGCAAAUGAUGCAAGGAACUCAGCAACAGCCGCAGCAAGGGAACCAACAUGGACAUUUAAUGCCACAACAACAGCAUGGUCAAGUGCAACAACAUGGGCAAAUGAUGCAGCAUCCGUCUCAACAAAUGCAGCAUCAAAUGUAUCAGCAGAUUCCCCAAACUUCAGGCCAUCAAAUGUCCCAGCCAAUGGGGCAACAACCACCACAGAGUCAAGGCUCCCAAAUGGCUGGACCACCACAAACACAGCAAUAUCCACAUCAGCCACCGUUGCAGUAUAUGGGUUAUAAUCAACAAGGCAUCCCUCCUCAAGGGCACCAGAGUACGCAGCAGCAACAAACUCAGCAUGGCCCUCAAGUGCAGACAUUUGCAAAUCAACAAGAGUAUAACUCAGGAUACUCAAAAAGGGAAGAAGAUGAUUUUCAAAACAGAAAUCAAAUUGGGUUUUCCCCUUCCCAGUUUCAGCAACCAAGUGGCUCAGGUGCUCAGAAUUUUCCUUCAGGAGCUAAUUCAACUCAGAUGCUACAGAUGGGUCCUCAUUCAGGUCAGGCUCAACAGUUUGGUGGCACUUUGCACAAUAUGCAACAACCUGCUGCAAUGGGUCAGUUGCAGCCAGGUGGUACUGAUUCGGUUUAUAACCCACAUGGCAGUAGGCUACAGAAUGAGAGAGACCCAUCAGCAAUGCAUGGUCCGCAGGCUAAUAUGCCUCCUGUUGGAUUAAGAAUGGGGCAUGAGAACAAUAUGCAGGGUAGAGGUGGAAACGACUACGUGUUUAGUGGUAACAAGGAACCACCAAAUGUUGGACCUCAGCAACCCAAGCUUGCUUCCAUUCCAGGGCCCAGAUUUCAGCAGGACAUGAGGAACAGCGGAGCUCCAUAUCCAAAUGUUGCUCCAAACCAGGUUCCUCCCAUUAAUAAUGGGGCAGGACAUCCGAUGCAUAAUCAUGCAACAGGUGGUCCACCAUUGCCAAGUAAUGCUACGAUGAAGCCUCCUUUCUUUGGAAAUACUGAAGUUACGAACUUUUCGCCCGCAGAAAUUUAUCGUCAGCAACAUGAAGUUACUGCAUCGGGAGACAAUGUUCCUGCACCAUUUGCAACAUUUGAGGCUACUGGCUUUCCUCCGGAGAUAUUGAGAGAUAUUUAUUCUGCGGGAUUUUCGACUCCCACCCCAAUUCAGGCACAAACAUGGCCAAUCGCUCUUCAAAGCAGGGACAUUGUUGCAAUUGCUAAAACUGGUUCUGGAAAAACAUUGGGAUAUUUAAUGCCUGCUUUUAUGCUUCUGAGACAACGGCAUAACAAUGCCCAAAAUGGCCCGACAGUGUUGGUUCUGGCUCCAACACGGGAGCUUGCAACACAAAUACAGGAUGAGGUCAUCAAAUUUGGUCGAUCCUCAAGAGUUUCUUGCACGUGCCUAUAUGGUGGAGCUCCCAAGGGUCCUCAGCUAAAGGAAUUAGAUCGUGGUGCAGAUAUAGUCGUUGCAACUCCUGGUCGUCUUAAUGAUAUACUGGAAAUGAAGAAGAUUGAUUUUGGGCAGAUCUCACUUCUUGUGCUUGACGAGGCCGAUCGAAUGCUUGACAUGGGUUUUGAACCUCAAAUUCGAAAAAUUGUAAAUGAAAUUCCCCCACGCAGACAAACUCUCAUGUACACAGCAACAUGGCCUAAAGAAGUAAGAAAAAUAGCGGGUGAUCUUCUUGUCAAUCCUGUCCAGGUUAACAUAGGACGUGUUGAUGAGCUCGCUGCAAACAAAGCUAUCACACAGUAUGUGGAAGUUGUGCCACAAAUGGAGAAACAACGACGUUUAGAGCAAAUCCUUAGAUCUCAGGAACGAGGUUCUAAGAUUAUUGUUUUCUGUUCAACAAAGAGGUUGUGUGAUCAGCUUGCUCGUACUAUUGGACGAAAUUUCGGUGCUGCUGCAAUUCAUGGAGACAAGUCUCAAGGUGAGAGAGACUGGGUUUUAAGUCAGUUCAAGAGUGGAAAAUCACCAAUAUUAGUGGCCACAGAUGUUGCUGCCAGGGGGCUUGACAUCAAGGAUAUAAGGGUGGUUGUUAACUAUGAUUUCCCAACUGGGGUUGAGGACUAUGUUCACCGCAUUGGAAGAACCGGGAGAGCCGGCGCAACUGGAAUGGCUUACACUUUUUUCUCCGAGCAUGACUGGAAAUAUGCAGCAGAUUUGAUUAAAGUUCUGGAGGGAGCUAACCAACACGUACCCCCAGAAGUGAGGGAGAUCGCCAUGCGCGGUGGGCCUGGCUUUGGCAAAGACAGGCGUUUUGAUUCUGGUGGAGGUGGUCGUGGUGGCAUGAGAGAUGGUGGUGGCUUUGGAGGUCGUGGAGGAGGCAUGAGGGAUGGCAACUUCGGUAAUAACCAUGGUGGUAUGAGGGAUAGUGGUUUCGGUGGCCGUGGUGGCCCUAGAGAUGGCCCUAUGAGCGGCUUUGGGGGUAGGGGUGAUUUCUUUGGUGGCCGUGGCAAUAGGGGACGGGGAUUUGGAAGCCCGGGCGGUGGUGGUAAUGUUGGUUUUGGUAGGAAUGAACGUGGUGGGAACGAUCGAUACAAUAAUAUGGAUGUGCGAGGACGUGGUGGCCGUGGACGAGGACGGUUCGAUAAUAGAAGAGAUGUUGCUGCUGGUGGUAGGAGCAGCAGAGGCAGAAGUUACAGCCGUAGCCCCGAAAGAGUUAGAACAUGGGGUUAUAGCAGAAGCCCAAGCCGUAGCCGCAGUCGCAGUUAUAGCAGGAGUAGAAGUAGAAGCUACAGCAGAAGCCGCAGUCGUAGCAGAAGCCGAUCUCGCGGCCGUGGUCGAAGUAAGAGCCGCAGCCCAAGACGAAGCAGAAGCCGAAGCCGCAGCCGUAAUCGUGGCCAUAGCCCAAGCUACGACAAAUACGAAAAUACUCGGGAACGUCCCUCCGAUCAAAAGGAUCCCGCACCUCCAGUGGCGGACCUCACGACUCCUACCGAGACAAAAACUUCAUCUAUGUCUCCUGGUACACAAGGCACUGCAUUUCCAGAAGAAACCGAGGCCGAGAAGAAUACCGAGCCGGAGAAGCCAACGGUAGGAGAAAACCCGGAACCACAAGAGGUACAACAACCACAACCAUCCCCAUCAAUUGAUCACUAAACAGUUUAAGAACUAAUGAGAUAUCUGAUGAUGACAAUUGUUUAUAAGAACUAAGUUGGGGAUGAUUUUUGGUGGGCAGCAAUUGGAGUAAAGAUCUUUUCAUGUUUUCAAGUUCCAACCAUUAAUUCUUUUUGUCUUUUUUCAUAAGUAGUUGGGAGAUUGUAAUGUUUUUUUUUUUUUUUGUUUUGGGAAUUUGGGAUAGGGAAAAUGGUAAAACCUCCCACCUAAAACUUGUUAUAUGUGAUUACAUUUUGUGACAUUUUUCAUUGAUUAUAUUAUGAGGUGAAACAAUGAUUUGUCA